AUGUGGGCGAUUUCUCCUCGGGCUCAGUUGUCAAAUCUGGUCAGUCCAGAUGCCGUCUGUGAGGCAGAAAAGCGGCAUGACGCCAGCCCGUACGACGUCAACUCAAUCCUGCCACCUCGGGUCUUUCUCUCCGCAAGCCUCAAGUCUUCACGCCUCUUCUUGGCCUCAAUUCGUUUGUCGCCAUUCGGACCCGUCGUUGCGGAGACCACAUGCCACGUCAGGCAAAAGCAGAAACAGGCCUGCAUUCAUGCUACGUCAAUGCCACGUUCAUCUACCAUCGAACAUAUCGACUCAUCGUUUUCUCAACUUCAUACCUCUCCCUCCAUCAGUCCUUCUCUUCAUCUACCCACACGCCCAAUGAUUCAUUUGUCCAUCCACCAAUUCCUCUAUCUUUCCAUCUAUCCAUCCAUCCAUCCAUCCAUCCAUCCAUCC